CACAAACUGAAGUCAAAGGCCGCUCGAAAACCGCUCGAAUGGGUUGGCGGAGAGGAUUAAACCGUGACAAAAUAUGAUCUUUUGAUGGUUUACGUUCACCCAUGCAAGCCUACCGUUGCACAAAUGGAGUGUUAAAGGUUCGUAGUUUGCGGUGACGGUGAAAUAGCAACGCUGUAAAAGACUUUCCGUGGAUAUUUUAGUCUUUUUUCCCGUUGGACUUGUGUUUGUUGGUCUACAUGGUUUUAACAAGCUCGCGCUAGCUUCGAUUCUGGUGAGCUGCUUUUCGAGCUGCGAUGGUGGUCAUCGCUACUUUAUGCGGAUGUCUCCGGUCCAGUCUGUACUGAACCAACGGCGACAAAUGGGAUCAUCAAGCAUCGGCCGAAAACAUCGCGGCGUAGACUAAACAAUAACGAUUAAGAUAUCUACUUUGUGGACAUUCAGACGCAGGAUUCUGUGGACUCAGACGACAGGUGUUUUUCUCGUUGGAUUUUAGCCCACUGACAUUCUUCCACAGCCAUGGAAUCGACGGUUGAUGACGAUGCAAUGGCAGCGUGAAUGAAGCUUGGCGUGGGGAGAGCUGAACGAUGCCCAAAGGUGGGGGAUCUAAAACCCCCCAGCUGGACCACUUCCCACUCAACACCGACAUGGUGGAAAAGCAGGGUGGGAAGAAGGAUAAAGUGUUGUCAAGUAAGACUCCCAAAUUGGAUCGCAGCGAUGGGGUCAAAGAGAUGAAAGAAAAGGCCCCUAAAAGGAAGCUGCCAUUCACUGCUGGAGCUAAUGGGGACCAGAAAGAUUCUGACUCGGAGAAACCAGGUCCAGAGCGGAAGCGCAUUAAAAAGGAGCCAACCAACACCCGGAAGGCGGGUUUGCCAUUUGGAAUGGGGAUGCCAGGGAUCCGGGCCGGGUACCCCCUCUCUGAACGGCAGCAGGUGGCCUUGCUCAUGCAAAUGACAGCUGAGGAGUCCGUCAACAGUCCAGACACAACACCAAAGCAUCAGUCACAGUCCAGUAUGGGUCAGAAGGGAACGCCAAACUCUGCAUCUAAAACCAAAGACAAAGUGAAUAAACGGAAUGAGAGAGGAGAGACUCGGCUGCACAGAGCAGCAAUCCGUGGAGAGGUACGCCGUAUCAAGGAGCUCAUCAGCGAGGGAGCUGAUGUGAAUGUAAAAGACUUUGCAGGCUGGACUGCAUUGCAUGAGGCGUGCAACAGAGGGUAUUAUGAUGUGGCCAAGCAGCUGCUGGCAGCCGGGGCAGAGGUCAACACAAAGGGUCUGGAUGAUGACACCCCUCUACACGAUGCAUCCAACAAUGGACAUUUCAAGGUGGUUAAGCUACUUUUACGGUAUGGAGGGGACCCACGUCAAAGCAACAGGAGAGGUGAAACGGCAUUGAAGGUUGCCAACUCUCCAACUAUGCUGAAUUUAUUGUUGGGAAAAGGCACGUACACCUCAAGUGAAGAAAGUUCAUCAGAAUCUUCAGAGGAGGAAGAUGCACCCUCAUUUGCCCCGUCCAGCUCUGUCGAUGGCAAUAACACAGACUCAGAGUUUGAGAAGUUGAAGUUGAAAGGAAAAACCAUGGACCCUCCUAAAUCCGCUGUCACACCCGUGAAAGACGAAUAUGAAUUUGAUGAGGAUGAUGAGGAGGAACGUGUUCCUCCUGUGGACGAUAAACACCUCUUGAAAAAAGACUUCCGUAAGGAGGCGGUCAUGCCGGUCACGCCGGUCACCAAGGCCACAAGCGGCAUCGCCAUACCCAAGACGGAGGUUAAAACCUAUUCCAAAAGCAACUCGCUCACACCAAAGAAAACUGUCAGGCGGAUUAUCUCUGACAGUAACAGUUCAGACGAGGAUGAUAGGACGGGUUUCACGCCAACGCCAGCGCCGGCGCCUACGCCACGGCAACAGGCCCAGCAAACAAAUACUAAGACUAGAGACUCUGGCAGCAUGAGCUCUAAACAACAAAAGGACAAGAAUAAAGUCAAAAAGAAACGGAAGAAAGAGAGUAAAAACAAUGUCAGUAAAGAAGUGAGGUUUGGUAAAGUCAAUGACAAGUUCUGUACAUCUGACUCUGAUUGUGGAGAUAUGGAGAGUGAGGAUGAUAAGGGCUCAAACAGUAUAAAGGACUCUUCUGCAACAAGUCUGAAAGACUCCCCUGGCUUUAACGCAUCCUCCUCAUCUUCCCAUGGAAACUCGAACUCUCAGAAACAAGUACCAUCAUUAGCAGAACAGCAUCCAAAGCAGUGGAGGACAGAUGGCUGGAAGACUGUGUCUUCUCCGACGUGGUCCGACGUCAGUUCUCUCUCGGAUUCAGUCAGAACAAGACUGUCCAGUGAGUCCGACUACUCCUCCGCUGAUUCCAGUGUUGAGUCGAUAAAACAAGUGAAGAGGAAAGCGCAGGAGAACAAAAAGAAGACUAACAAUGUGCACAGUAGCACAGUAGACAAGAAGAGUUCUGAGCUCUACAAAAACUCCAAUGCAGACAGUGCAGUCUCCAAAACCGAUGUCGAUGGCAAAGUGCUGAAAAAGCACAAAGUGAAGCACAAGCACAAAAAUAAAGAAAAGGACAAAGCUCCUAGUCUAGUUCUCAAUCAAGAUAUGAAUGAGAAAUUUGUCAAGAGCUAUUCUUUUGAUUUUGAUGAUUCAAGGCAGAAAUCCCUAAUUGUUGAAGCAGAAUCGCCAGCUGAGAGCAAGGUCAAGUUAUCCAAACACGAAAAGGACCAUUCAAAAAAAGAGGAUAGGCUUUCGAAAAGCAAGUCUGAGGAUAAGGAUUGGUCAUCUGAAGAUGUGCACAGAACGGCAAAAGAGGAGAAAAAUAAGAAAACAAAGGACUCCACCAAGGAUAAGACAAAUAAGGAGGAGCGGGAGAAACCUUUAAAAUCCGACAAGGAAAGAAAUGUCAAGGAGAAGGAGAAGCCUAAAGAGGAUAAACAAAAGGCUCACAAAGAGGAGAAAAAGAAAAAGUCCAAGGACAAGUCCUCGUCAAAGGCAGACAGGAAAGGUGAGCAGAAAGAGGAAAAACAUCUAAAGGUGGACAAGGAGAAAAACACAAGGAGGAGAAGGACAAAUGUAAAAAAAGACAAAGCACAGAAGGAAGAGUCUGAGUAUGAAGGUUAUGACGUUAACAACCGCUUCCUCAACUUAGAGGACACAAAGCUGAGUGCCUCGGAUGACCAUCACGACAGAUGGGGCUCAGAGAUGUCCUCUGACUCCUCCCUUUAUGGAGAUGACAGUUGGGACGCUCCUGUCAAGGAGUACAAGGAAUUCAAAGCCAACAAUGCUGUUAAACUAAUUGUCGAGACCGUUAAGGAAGAGACGAGGAGGAAAGAAAAUAAAGUCAAGGACAAGAAAUCAGAUCACAAUGAGAAAAGAUCAGAGAAAGAAGCCCCUUCUAAGAAGAAGGACAAAGACUCCUCAGAAAAGACGAAUGAAAAGAAAAAAGACUGGUCAGAAAAACAGAAAUUAAACUCCAGUCACUCAGUUGAAAAAGAAAAGAAGCGGAAGGAGUCCGCAGACGCAGUCAAAGACAAAAAAGACAAGGACUCUUUAGACAACAGUCGAGACCGUAAAGAUUCAUAUGACUUCAUGAAGGAAAGAAAAGACAUCAAAAUCAAGCAGGAAACUUUAAGAGAUGAAUAUGGCAAUGAUACUUUCUUCAAAGACAUUGAUGCUGUCGGUAAAUCCUGUGAUAUCAGAGAAAGAAAUCACUCUGGAAAGGAGAAAGAAAAGAAGGGCGAGGGAAUUGAAAAGCGAGAAAAGACAAAAGCUGACAAGCACAAAGAGAAAAUAAAAGACAGAGGAGCUGAUCAGGAGAAAGAUAAGAGCGAGAAAAUCUCUGCAGAAAAAACUGUCAAGGAAAAGGAUCCAGACAGGGGCACCAAAGACAAGAAGGAGGGACUCAAAGACAAACACAAAGAGUGUCAUGGCAAAGACAAAGAUCGAAAGAUGUCUUUAGAACAGACCAAGGACAAGAAAGAAAAGGCCUCUCAAGACAAACAUGCUGAGAGGGAGAAGGAUUUUUUGGAGGUAAAGAAAGAGGAAAGAAAACCUGAGAAAAUCCGUGAGAAAACGUGGUAUAAGAUAGCUGACAUCUUCACUGAUGAAAGUGAUGAUGACGAGGACAUCUACAAUGGGGGUGUUGCACUUGUGUCCGACUCCAUCAAAAAAGACGUAACACCUGAUCUGGAUGAGCUGGAUCAUUUCCCAUCAGAAAAAAUAAGAAAAUCUUCUGCAGAGGCUAAACAUAACACAGAAAAGGCAAAGGACAAAGAACAAGAAAAGAAGAAAGAAAAGGCCACAUUUGACACGGGUAAAGAGAGAAAGGGCUCUCUAGAGAAACACAACAAAGACAAGAAAGAUUCUGUUGACGCGAAACACAAGGACAGAAAAGACAGAAUGUCAGUGGACUCAAAUCAGGAGAAGAAAAAUAAGCAGAAGCUGUUGGACAAAAGGGACACCAGUGAGGAAAAGACAAAGAGCAAAUAUAAAGACAAGCUCGACCAUUCCAAGGAAAGGAAACUCUCAAAAAGCAGUGGUGAGAAUGAAAAGUCCCUCUUAGAAAAAUUGGAGGAAGAAGCCAUGAAUGACUACAAGGAUGACUCCAAUGACAAGAACAGUGAAAUCUCGUCGGACAGUUUCACUGACCGAGGUCAUGAGCCAGUCCUCACCACUUACUAUGACUCCAUCAGCCUGACUGAUGUCACUGAGGAUAGGAGAGACUCCCUGUCCAUAUCUACACCCCAAGACAAGUUCAGAGAGAAAGAGAGGCACCGGCAUUCCUCUUCAUCCUCGUCCAAGAAAAGCCACGACAAGGAGAAAGAAAAGGUCAAGAAGGACAAAGGAGACAAACGUGACAAGUCAGAGGAGAUCAGAGAGUCCUACAGCCGCAGAGAGAGCCUACCUUUUGAGAAAGAGCCCAUGCCUCUAGAGGCAGACCCUUACACAUUCCCAUAUGCAAGUAAGGGAGACGGCGAAGACGACUUUGAUAAAACAUUGGAAUUUGAAAAAGAGAUGUCCAAAAAGGACAAGGACAAAGCAGCUUGUGUCAUCAGUGACAGGACAAAAGACAAAAAGAAAAAGGAGAAACAUAAGGAAAAAAUAAAGGAGGAGAAGAAUAAGUACAUUGAUGGCUUUAGCUCAUUUAAACACUCCAAAGAAGAUGUGAAGUCAGGGUUGAAAGAUAGCCCGCAGGUCACUGUUCUGAAAGACAGGUCAAAAGAAGAAAGUCCUAAAUUUGAUCUGAAAAAAGACAAAAGUCGGGAUACAUUGGACAAAGACAACAGAAUGGACCACAGUAAAUCUAAGGCUAAGGAUGAAAAUGAAAAGCUCUCUCAGUCCAAGGACACAGUAAGAAAAGAUAAUCGUCCACGUGAAAAACUGCUGGUGGAUGGUGAUUAUCAAAUGACAAGUUUUGGUCAGAUGUUGAGUCUGAAAGACCAGGAGAUUGAAGAGCGCCACAAGAGACAUAAAGAAAGGAUGAAGCAAAUGGAGAAGCUGAGACCCAAGUGGGACCCUAAACUCAAGGACAAGGACAAGACCAAGUCCACAGAGGAAGUACGGAAAAAUCGUAGUGAGCUGUCAUCAAAGAAGUCCAACAGUCUGGAGUCUGGUCUGAAAGAAAAGAAGUUGAAGGAUGUGGGUCUUCCUGCCCAAAUAAUGUCCCCGAGCAGGAAGUUCCAGCCUACAGACAGUCAAAACUCAAAGGACGGGCUGGCUGGCCAACAAAUGAAGGAGAACCUUCCCACUUCUCCCAGGCCAGAUCAAAACAGGCCAACUGGUGUCCCCACGCCAACAUCUGUCAUCUCCUGCCCCAGCUUUGAGGAAGUAAUGCAGACUCCACGUACUCCGUCCUGUAGUGCAGAGGAUUACCCUGACAUUAUGUUGGAUGGGCUGGACUGCCAGAACUCCUCGGCUAUGACUAUGUCAAUGAACGCCUGCUCGCCAACCUUCUUUGAAAGCAGGUUCUCUAACUCCCAGAGUUUCCAGGAGGGCACAUGUCCCACUCCUGCAAAGAACCUCCAGCUACCACUUGUCAGCCGCUCUGCGUCUUCUGAUGUCCGCAGGCCCCUAGAGGAUGAGUUCAAGGCUGAGGCUGACAAGUUCCUUCGGCAGCAGAGUGAUCCAGCAGCUGAAUUUGAUCAGUCAUCACUCUCCCAAACUCUAGAGGACACAUCAGCAACUGUGGAUGGACUGGAGAGCCUGCCAUCUCCUUAUUUCUCCCCACUCAGAAUGUUGUCCCCUCAGCAGGAGGCAGCCCUUCCAACACCAGAUGUGGCUGCACCAACCCUUGCUGUCAUUGAGGCAAAUGAACAUUUUCCUGACAAUAUAUACAACAAUUUCUUGCCCAAACCCUCUACUCCAGUUCACAGGCCAGACCCCCAGGAGCCCUGCUUUGACAUCGCUGCACCACCAACCCCAGCUCCUGCUGCUUUGCCACCCCUGGACAUUGAUGACAUCUCUGAGCCUCACCACAGUGAACCUAACCUUGUCCUGUCAGAUCUUCCCUCUGUCACUGAAGAACAGGAGGAGGAAGAACAGGAGGAAGAACAGGAGGAGGAAGAGGAAGAAGAGGAGGAGGAAGAUGAAGAAGAAGAAGAAGAAGAAGAAGAAGAAGAAGAAGAGGAGGAGGAGGAGGAGGAGGACUUUGAGGAUGAAUGUGAUAUGGAUGAGAGAGUUAAUGGAGACCACUGUACAAUGGGGGAGCCAGAGCAAACAAGGGACCCAUGUUCCUUCUCUCCUCCAGUUGUAGACCCUCUUAGGAAGAGCUGGCCUGCAGAGUCUCCAGACCGACAGGAACCAGAGGUCCAAGACAUCUCCCCAACACACUCUGCACCCAACCAUGGGGAGAACUGUUUUGAUCACAGCAUGGGUUGGGACCCUGAUAUGGAUCUCAAAUCUCCCCAAAGGACGUAUGGAGAGAUAGAGGCUGCUGUCUCCAAAAUAACUAGUCCAUACCAUUCAGACGGUGAGAUGCAGCACUUGUCUGGUCACCCCUCUGUCACACCACCUUAUGCUGCCUGGAAUAGGUGGCAUAAAGAGGACCCAGAGGACUUUGACGAACAGAAAGAGGCUGUGGCUGACAUCCCCUCUCCAGAAAGACCUGACACAGCUAUUGAUGAGGAACCCAACUAUUUAAACACCUCAUCAUCCUCCAAUAGACUGGAGUCUUUCUUUCAGGACUGCAACAAGCCUAGCAUAGAGGAAAGUCAUCCAAUAGACACUGAGUCAACAUGUGAAGAACCAGACAGCAGGCAGACCACGCACAGCUUCAGUGCUACCACUGAAAGCCACUUGGCUCCGGUUGUGGCCCCUGAGCCUGUGGUGCCCUGGGCAGACCCAUUCUCAGCUGAUGCAGAUGAACUGGAUGACCUGGGACCGUUCUCUUUGCCUGACCUACCACUACCAGACAAGUCAGAAGAAGUUGAGUCUCGAGACCCAGAACCAGUUGACCGCAACAAGACUGUACUGACCCACAUUAGAUCUACCGUUAUAGAGGGAGAUGACCCGGACAUCAUGGAGGUGGAUUUACCAAGCCUGGGUAAGACUUCAUGCCUUGCUGGUGAGCAAGGUUUAAGAGAACCUACAGGACAAGACUUAGUUGUACCGUCACCACAUACCAACUUCCAGCAAGAGAUGGACCCCGAGCGAAUUAACGUCUCUCGCGCUCUAAUUCAACAACAGGGCAGCACGUUGGAAAGAAAAGGACCAUAUGUAGAACCUGAUGAGUCGGAUCGCAGCAUGUUGUUUUCAUCUGUGAAAUCAGAUCCCAGUGAGCAACAUCACACCCAGAUCCACUCCCUUACUGAGUCUUUGCAGUUACCAAUGGUUGAUUCAGUGUCUGCUAUCAAAUCAGAGGUGAGACCGAAGGAGAUGUCUGAGCCCGUUGUAGAAUCUGUUACAUGCAGUCCUGUUCCUCAGCUACCAGUGGCAGUGACCCUCUCCAGCACAGUGGAACUACCAGACACUCAGGAGACCACAGCCAAGUUUACGCCGGUAACCCUGACCUCUGUCUCCACCACCGUAGAGAUCCCCAAGAAGGUGGAUGAAAUCCCUCAAAGGAUGACUCGCAAUCGCGCCAAGAACAAUUCCUCCGUUGCUGCUGUCCCUCCUACCUCCAGCAUAAUAACCUUGACUGCCACUGCCACCCCUGUAACGACCAGUCCGACAGUGACCCUUAACCCAAUUCCUAUCAGAACCCCGACACCGACCUCAACAUCUUCUUUCCCAGCUCUUAAGAAUGAAUCUGUGAUUACUUUGUCCUCGACUGCAUCUAAUACAACCCCAACAGCGUCUGUGCCUACUUCUGUGAACACCUCUGCCCCACUGGUCAUCAGUAAGACGACAAAAGGCCGCCCACUCCCCUUGGACGAAGAGGAAUCUCAGACCCAGCACCCACGGAAGAGGAAAUUCCCCCGUUCUGCUGGGCAGCAGGUCCAAGUCCAGCUGGUUAACACAGCCAUGCAGCAGACUAGGGAAAUGAUCCAACAGACCUUGGCUGUAGUAGUCAAUGCCAUUAAGCUGGACGAUAUUGAGCCCUAUCACAGUGACCGCUCCAACCCAUACUUUGAGUACCUGCAGAUCAGGAAGAAGAUUGAGGAAAAGAGGAAGAUUCUGUGCUACAUCACCCCACAGGCCCCACAGUGUUAUGCAGAAUAUGUGACCUACACCGGCUCUUACCUGCUGGACGGCAAGCCCCUCAGCAAGCUCCACAUCCCUGUGAUUGCCCCACCGCCAUCGCUGUCAGAACCUCUGAAGGAGCUAUUCAGACAACAGGAGGCAGUAAGAGGGAAGCUCAGGUUGCAGCACAGCAUAGAACGGGAGAAGCUGAUUGUGUCUUGUGAGCAGGAGGUUUUAAGGGUCCACUGCAGAGCAGCCCGAACAAUAGCCAAUCAGGCUGUUCCAUUCAGUGCCUGCACCAUGCUGUUGGACUCUGAAGUAUACAAUAUGCCAUCAGAGAGCCAGGGCGAUGAGAACAAGUCUGUGAGAGAUCGCUUCAACGCUCGUCAGUUCAUAUCCUGGAUCCAGGACGUGGAUGAUAAAUAUGACCGUAUGAAGACAUGUUUGUUGAUGCGGCAACAGCACGAGGCAGCAGCCCUCAACGCAGUGCAAAGGAUGGAGUGGCAGUUGAAGGUCCAGGAGCUGGACCCAGCAGGGCACAAGUCCCUCUGUGUCAACGAAGUGCCGUCCUUUUACGUGCCGAUGGUCGAUGUCAACGACGAUUUUGUCCUGCUGCCUGCAUGACACUUUUGUGAUCACAAACUAAGCGCAAACGUUGUCUGAAUCACUUCUUCUCAAAGAGACUUCGUUGAAUUGAACGAAUGGAAAGGGCUAGCAAGUUUGAAAGAGGACUUUACACAGGAAAAAAUAUAUUCUAUAGAAAAAGAGUAAAGAUGAAAAACUUGCUCUGGAUUCCCUUCCGUGAAGAAGGAAACCUGUUUUUACUGGGGGAAAAGAAAACACACAACUUGCACUUUCAUCCUCAACGUUUUUAUGCUUACGUUUGAUCAGAGUGUGAGAAGCAGAACCAGUUUUUGCUUCGGGGCUCUGUCAUCGGGACACAACUCCUCAGUGCUCAGUUUUGGUGAGACAGAGGACAGAGAUAUAUUUUCUGCAUUCGUUUUUUUGGUCCCUUCAAUAGACGCACCGCUACCACUGGGAGGAGGUAUCAGAGAAGAGCUCUCCCAACAGUGUGGUGCCUGUCCUGAGGGAGGUCUGAGGAGAAGCCUCCCCUGUUGACCCAGGGCUCCUGGUGGGCCAGGAGAACUAGACCGAGUCCAGCGCCGACCCGGAGAAGGUCAACGGAGCAGUGGUGCAUCAUGUGGAUCUUCACUGUUGAAAAGCUGGGAUGGACAGACCAGGAAGCUAGAACCAGUCUCUGAGGGUUUUGGGGCUAUAAGACCAUAGACCCAGAGGACGCCCUCUCUGUUCACACUGCACCAGGCAGGCCUAGCAGAGCCUGCAGAAGGCUGGAAUACAGCAGAGGGCUAGCGGUGUGUGUGUGUGUGUGUGUGUGUGUACGUGUGUGUGUGUGUGUGUGUGUGUACGUGUGUGUGUGUGUGUGUGUGUGUGUGUGUACGCGUGUGCGUGUGUGUGUCGACAGGCAUGGCUCUCUGAGGACAGACCGGAGUGUUCCUCAGCCAACCUGCUUGCUCCAAACACAAACACAUCAGACCGCCAUGGACUGCAACAACACCACAGGACAACCUGAAGAAACAAACAUAACGAAUGUUGAGAUUCAAAGAGACUAUUGAGAAAUCGUGCUUUGGCAGGAGGAGAGAGAUAUUGUUUUUGUCUAUUUCUUUACUUGGGCAUUUCAUUGUUUCUGAGGAAGUGACUUGAAACACUAAAGAGCCAAUAUUAGUUUAAUGGGAAAAAAACAAAAGAAAAAUUAAAAAAAGUUGUAUUCCGUAAAUUAUGUACAGUUUUUAUAUUCGUUAACCGAUGUAUUCUUGCUGCCUUCUAGAUAAUUUAUUUUGCCACACAUUACUGCACAGUUGUAAAUAACCUAUGUACUGUAAUAUCACUCAGUUAAGUGUAAAGAAAAAACAUAAACGAAAUAAAAAUUAUCUUUUUAUGUACAGUUCACUUUUGGGCAGCACUCCCCCUCCCCCCUCCCCCCCUCCCAUAUACAUGGGCCAAAAUGUGUACACGGUUCUGUCAGUAUUUGAAAGACUCCAGUGCACAGUUGUAUGAUCCCAUCUCUAGAUUCAGCCCAGGCUUUGGUAACUCACCUGGGCGUGGAUCACCACGACACACAACAAUAGCUGACAGAGAACAACUCUGGAUUUAAACUGGCCUCCCACUGGCCAACCACCAUAUAGUCCCUCAGAUGUAGCAGAGUAGUUGUUGAGGAUUUAUUUAAAGAAUAGAGAGGAUUAUUAUUCAUUGCUUUACUACAUAAUUAUAUCUGAAAGAAUUCGAACCAAGAAAAUGCCUUGUUCAGUGAAAAAAAUGUACUCAUUGUUGGGCAAAGUCACAUAGAUAUAUGGGUGGGAUAAACGUGAGAGAGGUGUCAUUCGCGACCAAAGCCAUCAUGUUAAAUGCUUUCAAAUUCAUUUUCAAUGUUUUUAAUUUACAACAAUUGGACUAAAAUCUUUCUAAUCAUCACAAAACAUCAUUGUCUCUAAAAAACAAACAGGACGCAGGUCUUUCAGCACUUGUUAUGACGUGUUCUGUUCUCCCAGCUUGUCUGAAGAGUUGUAAAAGCCACUGGACGCUUUCAUUCUUUACUGACUUUCAAUAUUGGUUUUCCAGUCUGUCUGCCCGUCAAAUUAGUGAGCCGCUUUUUUUUUUUUAGUUGCUGUUCCAACGUUGCCCACUGGAUGGCACUAGUGUAUCAGAAAACUCAAAAACCUAAUUUUGCAUUAGACUUGUGGCCUUUCACUUGAAUGAGUUUUAAAAUAUCCCCUUAUAGGAUUCUUAUACAACACUUAAUUCAUAAUAGGCCCAAGCGUUAAGCUCCAGUCACAUUGGACUUCUAAUUUUUAUAAAUGUUUAAUUCUAAACACUGGUUAGUGUUGGGAUCAAUUGUUAGGUUGCUUCAUCAUAUUACGCCGUUGGGUGGUGGCAUUUGCCGUACGCACAUUGUUGUGUCGGUCACAACCAGACUGUUACAAUAUAGAGGGGAAAUAAAUAGUUCACUGCUGAAUAGAUGUUCCUUUUGUCUUUAAUUAAAAAAUCCCAUCUGAAAUGUUGAUUUGUGAUGACUUGUAUUGAUGCUCUAUUUUUUAGUGGGUCUUGGCUUUGAAAAUCUUUCGCAACCCAACACCCAGGCUUCCUGUCUGUGUGAGAGAGCUGCUCCUGUAUCCUGAUGGCAAUAUUAUCUGAAACGUUUAAGUAAUGUACACACUGUCAGUCAGCAUAGCUGUGUAUGGUAUGUCUAGUCAAGUGCAAUGGUUGUGGAGGCUGUGCAGACAAGGUGGCUAGAUGUAUAGUCCUGGAUAUUUUUGAGAGAUACACACACAUCCUGGUUGGUAUAGACUUACAUAUUUGGAUACAAAUAGCCAGACUUUUUGUUUUUAAACCCCUGUUUGUCAUGUUUUUUUGUUUUUAAUUUGUUGUUGGGUUUCCUACACAGUUUUGGGGGAAGAGGUUUAAGGGUGUCUUUUGUUCACAGAAUCCUUGUGUGUUUUUAUCUCAGUGUAUGUAGUUUUGAAUGUUGUUGUGUUUAUCUUAGGGGUUUUUGUUCCUGUAUAACGCAUAAACACCGGUGGCAUGUCAGUCACAUUGCUUAUCGAGCAGAAUGUAUACCGUUACUAUGCCCGGACCGACCACGCCCUCUCACUAUUGUUUACAAGACAUCAAGUGUUUUCCGUUUCAUGCGUCACCUUUUUUAACGGUUUAAGCCCUGCCUUUGAUUUUACUUCUGUAUUCAGUCAUUUAUUCGAACUACAAAGACUUGAAAUGGUGAUGGUUGACACAACUGACAGGCAAGUUCUCCCUCCGUAUGAUUACACCGCUGCACAGAUAAAUAGACUAAACACAUCCACCCACUUUGACUCUCCAGUGUGAAUAUUCAACUAACAAAAAGAGUGAUUUCUGGCUAAAUUGGAUACAGACACAAACGAGCAUCAGUCCUCAGACGCAUGUAGAGCACUUGGCCGUGGGGAUAGAGAUGCUAGCCUGACACCACCUCAGUCAGCAACAUAUUACCUCUACUCUCCUCACAUUCACUCAGUGUUUAUUUUCGAUUUGUUGUUUUUUCUUACUGGACAUGAAUAUACAUAAUUGCUAUUUUUUCAUUCUAUAGAAUCACGAUUUCAAGCCUUUUUUUCUAGUUUUUGUUUUAUUUUUUUAAUUAAAACCCAGACUGUAGCUAUUUCUUUGUUCAUUGUUUAGAGUGGAAAAUGACUAAUAAAAAGCAUGGAGAACUACUCUUUAAAUGGUGAGAAACAACCUAUUUAUUAUUUUUGUUUUUUGUUUUUUCUGACACCUGUGGUAUGUUUUGAGUUGAAGUUGGUCUCCGCUGUGUAAAUUUUCCUUCUUGUAAUGCGUGAAAGAGACAUACUGUACAUAGCUCUGUAAAUAAAACCUCCCAGGACGUUUUGCACCCUCCUCUUUGUACUAGUCUGAAAAAUUGCGUAGAAUGUGGGGUUCUAACAGCAACGAGCUGCGUGCGCUUGCUGCAGGUGAUUAUGAUGUAACAAUGUAACAUUUUAUUUGUACAAUGUAGUUUAUUUGUGUACAUAUUGUUGGAGCAGCUAAGAGGGGGAAGGGGGGGGUUGUUGAUGCUAUUGUCAGUGCUGUAACAGAAAUCCAGUACUUUCACCUAUAGCUGUUGUUGAUUUCCUGCAAAAAAAAAAAAAGACAAAAAAA